GCUCUGCGGUCCGCACAAUAUCGGUUCGCGUCCCUUCAUUUCGUGACACUGGCUGACAAGGAGCGCGGUGCACAGCAGGCAGAUACCAGAUAUCACAUAGUACGAAAAUGGUGCAGAUAAGAGAGACACCACCAAAAUGCGCUCGUCAAGGCGAGAGCUCGGCGGCCCGAAAGGAAGAGCAGCAGUUCGAUGCCCAUCCUGAGGCCCCCCACGAGGUCGUCGUCGCUGCCGUGGCCGCCCAACCCAAUUCUCAUCACAAAACCAAGACUCUGCCAUUCUUGCUACUUGCGGCCGUAUCGUGCUAUCUUUGCCUUUGUGGUGAAUUUAGCACGAUCAAGCUCGCAGGUGUCGGUGCGCAGGCCAUCGCCCCCGUCUGUGUCGCGGAACAGGUACCGCUUCGAGAUGUGCAAGAGGAUCGAUGUAGAGCGUCACUGCGACGGGUAGAGGAGGGGGUGUAUGCGUACGAUGAAGCGCGACAGGCCUACGACGACGUAGCGCGAAAGGUCUACGACGAGCAGCGCGAGGCCUACGAAAAGGCAGUGCUACAGGCCUACGACACGCAGCGCAAGGCCAUCGAUGGGCAGCACGAGGCCAUGGAAAGGCAGCGUGAGGGUGUCGACGAGCAGCUCGAGGCCAUCGACAAGGAGCGCGAGGCCUUUGACAGGGAGCGUAAGGCCAUCGGCAGGGAGCGCAAGGCCAUCGGCAGGGAGCGCAAGGCCAUCGGCAAACAGCUCGAGGCCUUCGACAGGAAGCGCAAGGUCUUCGACAGGAAGCGCAAGGCCUUUGACAAGCAGUGUAAGGCCACAAAAAGCCAGCGUGAGGACGUCGACGAGCAGCUCAAGGCCAUCGACAAGGUCCUUGAGGCCAUGGAAAAGAAGCGUGAGAAUGUCGACAAGCUGCUCGAGAUGCUUGACAAGCAGCUCGAGGCCUCUGACAGGCAGCGCGAUGCCUUCGGCAGGCAGCGCAAGGCGAUGGAAAAGCAGCGCAAGGCCGUCGGCAAGCAGCUCGAUGCCUUUGACAGGAAGCGCAAGACCGUCGACAGGCAGCGCAAGGCCUUUGACAAGCAGCUCGAGGCCUUCGACAGGCUGCGCGAGGCCAUCGACAAGCAGCGCAAGGCCGUCACCGUGGAUGGUUGACGAGAGAGUGAUGGCGCUCGUUCAUGCUGGAGGUCUUUGAGAGAUUGUUGGGCGAUCUUGAUCGUUUGUCUUGCAUGCGUUGGUCUUUUUACCUCC